UUUAAUCAUAAAUAUUGAGGUGGAACUUAACGGUCGAUGAUACUUAUAUUUAUCUUUUCAAAGUAUGUACACCUUAGUUUGUUUUGCUGAGUAGUGACAUUGUUAGCGGGUACUUGUCGUAAUUGAUAAUGUACCGUAGACAGCAGUUUGACCGGUUAAAUCCGCGUAACGUACUUCCUAGUAGACAUACUCUCUUUAUUAGAGGGUUGCCAGGGUCUACAGAUGUGACUAAAGUGAAAGAUUUCUUCAGCAAUGAAACGAAUUCCAGGUGUUCUGUGGAGUUCUUUUCUACUUCAGAGGAUAAGAAGAGGUUUUCAGUCGCCAUACGGUUCAAAUCUCACGAUAUUGCGAGUGAAAUGCUUCGUCGACAUAAUGGCAAAACGAUGUUUGGUUACCCUGUGGAACUCACAUGGUUCAAAGACCUCAAGAAGGCCAGAGCAAAAAUGUAUGAAGAACAGCGCCAGGGCAGACGGUUCCCCCCGAGCGCUCGCGGUUUCCGGGGUCCAGAACGAAGAAGCAUGCAAUCUCCUGGGAAUUAUGGUGACAGCCGACGCAUACGAACUGGUUCGUCUUCUUCAGGUGGUCGAGGAUACAGAGACGGUGGCAGAGAUCGUCGAAGUGUUGAUCGCAGAAGUCUAGACCGCCGAAGCAUGGAUCGUAGAAGCACAGACGGUAGGAGUGCAGAUCAUAGAAGUGAAGAACGUAGUACAGGUCGCAGAAGUACAGAUAGAAGGACUGCGUCACGAAGCAGAUCAUUCACAGGAUCAUCUUCCAGGAGCGCCAGCAGAUCAGUCGUUUCUCGAUCUAGAUCCGUUUCUAAUGCAAGACACUCUUUGCCGUCAAAUCAUGAUGAUUCAAUGAAUGCUAGCGAGUCCGAAUUUAAUGGCCGUAACUAUGAUGAUCGACGUGUUUCUCGCAAUCGUUCUCGUCAUUCUCAUGACCGUAGCAGUAGUAGUAGCCGAUCUUCAGGGGAGCGAAGGCGACAAAGUUCAUCUAAUCGUCACUCAGUAGAUAGAAAUCACACUCCAUAUGACAACAGUGGGGGUGAAAAUUCAUCUCCAGAUUAUCAAAAACGGAAAAAGCAGCGGCUUUCAAGGUCACCUUCGAUGAAUGAAGAAAAUCUCGCAUACUCAAAUGCUCCUGCACCUAACCCGGAAGGCGGGUCUUCACUGGUAAGUGGACUUAUACAACUAAGACGCCGUGGGCAACAGGGCUUUGAACAGUCUCCUGUCCGAGGCGAUAGUUUUUCCAGGAGAAGUCGUCAUUCUUCCGAGAAUUCGUCGUCUGGCGCUUCAGUUGCUAGUUCUAAUGGUGCUUUCGAUUCUCCUAAAAACCGCAGUGGGCGUAAACGGAUGCAUUCAAUCUCACCACCUUACAAUAAUCAUUCUAGUCGCAGUAGCAAAGCGAAAACUGCAGCUGCUUCUAAUGGUGAUGAGAAGAGUCGGUCUAUCGUUGAACCUCAAAAACGAAGGAAAACAAGAAAUACCCGUUCCCCAGUUAACAGCACUGAAUCUCAUGACCGACAUAAUACACGCAGCAAAGCCCAACGAACAAGUCUUCGAAAGACGCCGGAAGUUGAAAAUUCAGUAAAAAUGCGUCAAACCAAUGCCAGUCGAAAACGUCGAUCAAGUGUUUCCAAGUCGAGUCAGAGAUCAUCAGGCAAGGAUUCCUCACCGGUAGCUGGUAAAAAGAAUUCAAAGGGUGGUCAUAAUUCGCGACGCUCCGAGAAUACACGUUCUCCUCUGUCUACCACAGUAUCAAAUACAGCUAAACGAUGGAGAACACCGGAAGACGAAGUUAGUGAUGAUCCACCUAGAAAAGUUGAAAAGUGGCCUACAAAUUCCGGCAGAUUAAGUAAAUCGAAAAACAAAUCUUCCACCCGUUCGGUUAAUAAUUCAAGUGACAAUGAUCAUUCUGAUGCUUCAAAAGUCAGUGGUAGUCAGUCAGUAGUUCCAAGGGGUAAUAAAUCUUUGCCUAAAACAUCAGAGCCUGCAUCCUCAAAGAGUAAGUUGUAGUUAUUCUCGUGCGUUAAGAUUACUCAGGUUUUUAAUUAUUGGUUGAGGUUGUAUGUCGCACAAUAAUCGUAUCUACAAACUGAUUUAAUGCUUAGUGUAAUACACAGCAGAUGCUGCCUUACAUCACUAGUUGCAGAAAGACAUUUUUAUCAUGCAACUUUAUUUGUCUUGUGAAUCAGGAUAUUAUGCACAUUGCAUUAUAAAAUUCUUAUUUCACCUACCAGAAGUCAACUCCAUACAAGUUUUGUCUCACUUCAAAUGACAGAUUGCACCUCAGUAUGUUAUUUGAUGCAAAUAGUACUGGUGUUUUAAUAAAUAGGCAAAGUUUAAGUGUUUAAGUAGGUAUGAAAUCGGUUUCUUAGUUGCUAGAACUAGAUUAUCUUCAGGGGGAAAACUGAAUAGCAUUGGCUCACGCGAUAGAACGCUUACUUGUUUUUGUAGACCCUGUUGUUGAAUGUGUCCAAAACAGUGUUCUGUGUGGUUCUUUUCCAUUUUUGGAGCUAUAACUUGUUAGUUUGUACGCCCUAAUUUCAACCUGUUAGUUCCUCAACUCAGUCUCAUGGCAUUUUCAAUGAUUUAUAAAGGUAACAUUAAUCAUUACAAUUGUGUUUCACUUUUAAUGUGAUGGGCAGUCCUAAUCGUCCUUACAAUAGUGUUCUGCCUGACUGGUCAUUGUUGGAUUUUGUUUUCAGUUAUACUCGAUCUAGAUUGUAUCUUGUGUUUCGGAGGCUGUUUUGUCGUUUUGUACCAUUCCCAUUUCGUUCUGCUUGUAGUUAUUUUUAUAAUCACUAAUGUAGUUGAUUCAGCUAACAUAAAAUUGCUUGCUAAGUCAUAAUUAGUAACAGGUGGCUUGUUGACUUGGGGUUUAUCUUUUUCGUCAAUAACUCAACAGAACUUUACUAAGUUAUAUUGCUGACAUUAAAGUCGGACAGACUGAAAGCACUAAGUGUUGUCAUUUCCUAAUACAUGUUUCAUCAGUUCAUGGCAAAAGUAACUACUCGAAUUAGGUUGUUCAUUGUUCCCACUGAGUAAGAAAAUUAAAUUAUCAUACGUGAUACCGGAUACAUGUUUCACUCAGCUUGUCAUCAUCUUUCAUUCUAAGGCUUAAAUUAGUUUAUUUUCGAGCAUUUUAUGAAUGUAUGUGUCCAAAAGUUCACUAGUAGCGUCACUUUUAGGAGCAAAAAGACAAUCCUCUAGUUUUUGAGUUUGCAGUUGUUUGAAUAAGAAAAAUAAUGCAAUUCACCAAAAUUUUAGCUAUUGACUCUUGAUAGUUGUAUUGUGAAUUUGAUAGGUGGUGAUUUACUGACAGCUAAAAAAUAAGACAUAUUUGAAUGUUGCGUGUACGUACAUUGAAGUCAUUGUUCUUCUUUUAUAGUUCAUUAGUGUAACCGUCAGGAUUUUAAGUGUACAGUGUGAAACAGUAAAAUUUGUUUAAACAAGUAAAUUUCUCAUUUCAAAAUUGUAUGUCUAUUGACCAUCCACAUAGCUGCUAACAUUGGCAUUUGUUGAUGGAUGGUUCAUUUGUAUAAAUAAAUUACACUUCUUAUUACUAUGGAUGUAAAUUAUGUAAAUAUACUUUGUUUUCUCUAAUUCAACUCUAAAAUAUUAAUGUUUUAAUCGUUUCACUUAAACAAAUAGCUUUUGUUGGAAUCAACAGGAAUUCAAAUCAUAUUCAAAUUUUGCCAGUCAGUUUAUUUAAAUACGCUGGAAGUAAUCAAAAAAAUAUCGAAGCAACCAUUGUGUUGUUCAGACGAGUUAUUAAAAAUUAUUUGUGGAUUCGAUGUUUCAUAUACAGUGAUUUAUUGACGAGUAUUUUGUUCUGGAUACCUGGUUAAGUAGGUAUUCCUUAUGUGUUGUUGCUACACAUCUAUUCAAUAAGAAAGUCGGUCCACAUUUUCUACUCAUUGACAGCAUGCCUAUCUUUAGGACCUCCACGAUUGUUUCAUGUGACAUGCUGCAAUAAAUGCAUAAAUCAUUGUUGAAUUAUUCAUUUGGUAGGUUUUAUAGAUACAACUAUUUUCUGGAUACUUGUGUCGGUCGACCAAUAGACAUAACAUGUCGACCAUUGUGUAUUUAUGCAAAGAAUACAAGGGUAUUUUCAUUGUUUAAUGUAUUAAUGAUAGGUGGCAACCGCCUUUCUGCCGUUCUUAAAGUUUAACAGUUAUAUUAUUUGUGCAACUCAAACAGAUUUUAUCAAAUGGAUAAUAGUUGUGAUCUGUUUUGAGCAUGAUCCUCCGCUUACAUUAUAUUACAGUAGAAUUAUUUAAAACACCCUGUUGCUAUGGUGUAAAUUGUUUGGUAGGUGGUAUUAUUGAUAUGUAAGUUAUAGUAGUCAGUUGUUCAGAAUUGCAUUUUUUUGUAUCAUUGGUUUCCAGCUGUAGUUAGCUGGCAUACAGAAACAACCAUAGGGUCCACAUAGUCAUCGUUACCAAUAAUGCUAAUAAAUUUUGUUAAUAGCCUUACUCUAAACCUGUGCUUACUUAUGUUGCUCAGAUGAACCCGGCAACGAAUCGAAUUAACGACUUACUCGUGUUACUACUGUAACCGUUGAAUUCUUCUUAACGGUUCAAAUUAUAGUUUCACUAACCGGCAUCCCAAUUUUGAUUCACAGCCUGUGUGCUGUGUUAGCGAGGUCUUCCAUAACAUCGGGACAUUUUAAUUGCCGGUCGUCGUAUGUAGAUCGCUUCUAUACGAGCAGCUUUGUUUUGGGUUUGUGAGAUCCAGCUUCUUAUCCUGUGUUUGAACACUGCCUCCUUACUAGGACUAUGAACACUUAUUUAUGAUAUAAGCAGUUUUAAGGUUAUAGUACUUAUCGGACGAAAUUGUCUUCAAACACCGCUAGGUACGUCUUCGUAGUGAUCAUUGCAUCAUUUCUUAUCCUUUCUGGGUAAGCAAAUUCUUUCAUCUCAACAGAAUGUUGUCAGAUGCAGGGAAUGUGUUAAGUUCACAUAUUUUGGUGUUUUGUAACAAUCCAUAAUAUUGGGAUCAGUAUUUCACAGUUUGUAUCAUAAUAGGUAAACGGAACACGUAUACGUAUAUAGGUACAAUAUGACUGACCGGGUUUUUAGUAUCCUGAAGAUGGUUUCAUGUCAUACGAAACUGUAAACUUUUAUGAAAAUAGAUCUUCAAAAUACUUUGAACAUAUGUGUAUAUAUACUUCUAGUUGAAGAGUUCCAAAUAAGAUGAAAUGCACGCCUUAGAUUUUGUUUCCUGUUCACUAUGUGCAGGUUAGUUUCAAGACAUCAUUCGUUCAAAAAACGAAAAUGUCAAAAUGAAGUUGGUCAUUUCAAUCCAAAAAUCGUCAGCAAGAAAAUCACAAACUCAAAUCAAUAACGAGUAUAAUGCCAUAAAAUACUUUUAUCCAUAGGGCCUUUUUUAAUAACAUCUGCAUUUUUCCGUUUAAGGUACAAUAUGUUUUAUACUGAAAGACACGUCUUUCAUGAUUUAUCCUUUUUAGUGCAAAUAUGAGCCUGUAACUUGUUAUUAUCUGAUUUCAGGAUUGUAUUUGUCUAUACGACUCACCUUAGUCAUGUAUAAAUAAUAUUUGGAGACUUAGUUUUCUCGUAUGUGUCCUUGCAAUAGGAAUGAGAAGGUAUUUGCAAAGAUUUUUCGUGUUUUGUCUAUCUUUUGUACCCAUUCAUCUGCAUGACAGUUUGUGAAGCUACUAGUGCUACUGAAGUACAAUUUUUAUGAAGUAUUUUCAUGUAUCUCUAAUUUUCUAUUAAUACGAGUAUAUCAAAUUUUUUUUGAAAAUUCCAGAUAAUUCAGGGUCUAAAACUGUUA